GCGGGCGCGGUGCAUUGUGGGCAGAGGGGCGGGGGUUGGGAAGAUGGCGGCUCCCAGCCUCCUCAACUGGAGGCGGGUUUCCUCCUUCACGGGGCCGGUCCCCCGCGCCCGGCACGGACACCGGGCCGUGGCUAUCCGGGAGCUGAUGAUCAUCUUUGGAGGGGGCAACGAGGGCAUCGCGGACGAGCUGCACGUCUACAACACGGUUACAAAUCAGUGGUUCCUACCAGCGGUUAGAGGAGACAUCCCUCCAGGUUGCGCUGCCCACGGAUUUGUCUGUGAUGGUACCAGAAUAUUAGUGUUCGGGGGAAUGGUUGAAUAUGGAAGAUACAGCAGUGAGUUGUAUGAGUUGCAAGCAAGUCGUUGGUUAUGGAAAAAAGUGAAACCCCACCCCCCUUCUUCUGGUUUACCUCCUUGUCCCCGGCUUGGACAUAGCUUCUCUUUAUAUGGUAACAAAUGCUAUUUGUUUGGUGGUCUGGCAAAUGAAAGUGAAGACUCAAACAAUAAUGUUCCCAGAUAUUUAAAUGAUUUCUAUGAGUUGGAGCUACAGCAUGGUUCUGGUGUUGUGGGUUGGAGCAUUCCAGUGACUAAAGGGAUUGUGCCUUCUCCAAGAGAAUCCCACACAGCUGUGAUAUAUUGCAAAAAAGAUUCUGGAAGUCCUAAAAUGUAUGUCUUUGGUGGAAUGUGUGGUGCUCGCCUGGAUGAUCUAUGGCAACUUGACUUAGAAACGAUGUCGUGGUCAAAACCAGAAACUAAAGGGACGGUGCCACUUCCACGAAGCCUUCACACAGCCAGUGUUAUAGGAAACAAGAUGUACAUUUUUGGUGGAUGGGUUCCACAUAAGGGGGAGAAUAUUGAGACUUCACCUCAUGAUUGUGAAUGGAGAUGUACUAGUUCAUUUUCUUAUCUAAAUCUGGAUACAGCAGAGUGGACCACCCUCGUAUCGGAUUCUCAGGAAGAUAAAAAAAAUUCAAGACCAAGACCACGAGCUGGACACUGUGCUGUUGCAAUUGGCACUCGAUUGUAUUUUUGGAGUGGAAGAGAUGGCUACAAAAAAGCACUGAAUAGUCAAGUUUGCUGCAAGGAUCUUUGGUAUCUUGAUACUGAGAAACCGCCGGCACCAUCACAAGUACAGCUGAUCAAAGCCACUACCAACUCUUUCCACGUCAAAUGGGAUGAAGUGCCUACAGUUGAGGGCUAUCUUUUGCAGCUGAAUACAGACUUGCCACACCAAACUGCAUCAUCAGAUUCCUCACUGGCACCAAAUCUGCAAGGAGUCAGAAUGGACCCUCACAGACCAGGCAGUAAUAGCACCGUUCCUAACAGUAUCAGCGAUACAACGAACAGUGCAAAAACUGAACAUACACCUAUGAAAGGAACUUCUGUGAAAAACAGACCAGAUCUCAAAGCAUCAACUGAUUUUAAUGCCACUUUACAUCCAUCUAUGGCAACUAAUACUUCUAAUCAUAAUAGUUGUGUCGUGGAUAUGUUAAGGAAAAAUGAAGGUCCUCAUACUUCAGCAAAUAUAGGUGUUCUAAGUAGUUGCCUGGACUUAAGAACAGUAAUCCCUGAAACUUCUGUAUCCAGUUCUGUUUCCAGCGCACAAACUAUGGUAACCCAGCAGACCAUUAAAACUGAAUCAUCCAGUACAAAUGGGGCAGUUGUUAAAGAUGAAACUUCACUAACAACAUUCAGUACCAAAUCUGAAGUUGAUGAUACAUGUGCCCUGCCUGCAACUAAGAUCAGCCGUGUGGAAACACAGGCCACAGCGAUGUCAUUUUCUAAAGAGACUCCUUCAAAUCCAGUGGCCACAGUGAAAGCAGGAGAACGACAGUGGUGUGAUGUAGGAAUUUUUAAAAAUAACACAGCUUUGGUGAGCCAGUUUUAUUUGCUGCCCAAAGGGAAGCAAAGCAUCUCAAAGAUAGGAAAUGCGGACGUACCUGACUACAGUUUACUUAAGAAACAAGAUCUUGUUCCAGGCACAGGAUACAGAUUCAGGGUAGCAGCCAUCAAUGGAUGUGGCAUAGGCCCUUUCAGCAAAAUCAGUGAAUUUAAAACUUGUAUUCCCGGUUUUCCUGGAGCUCCUUCUGCGGUCAGAAUUUCAAAGAAUGUUGAGGGUAUCCACCUUUCCUGGGAACCUCCAACUUCACCUUCUGGAAAUAUUUUGGAAUAUUCAGCCUACCUGGCUAUCCGCACAGCACAAAUACAAGAUAAUCCAAGUCAACUUGUGUUUAUGAGGAUUUAUUGUGGUCUUAAGACAUCAUGUAUAGUAACUGCUGGGCAACUUGCAAAUGCACAUAUCGAUUAUACGUCCAGGCCUGCCAUUGUGUUCAGGAUAUCAGCAAAGAAUGAAAAGGGAUAUGGACCAGCUACGCAAGUUCGAUGGCUUCAAGGUAACAAUAAAAAAGCACCUUUAAAUUGAGUUUGUUUUUUUUUUUGUUUUUUUUUUACUGAAGCUAUUGUGAUGAUUAUUUAUUAGUAACUGGUUAUGAAGAUUUGUCAUUUAAAAGAGUAUUCUCUGACUGUAUUUCUAGCACUUAUGAGUUUGAGUUUGUAAGUUGUUCUUAAAAUGUAUUUGCUCAAUUUUAGAUCCAAAUAAAAAUAGAAAAGAAGCAAAGACUCUCUGAAAAUUAGUGUAUGGAUUCGUCCUUACAGUUAUAUAACUGCUCUUUUAUAAAGGAAAAUAGUAAAAUUAAGAUAAAAGCUAGAAGGCUUUAUUACCCCAAUAUCUUUUCUAAAGGCCACGUAACUCAGUCAUCCUAGAGGUAUUGAGAUGAUUCUAGUAACUGGCUGUUGUACACUGUGCUGUCUUACUUAGUAGAUGUUCUCUCCAUUGUAAAGGCCCUGUCUUUGAGUACUCCCUAUAACUUUAUUAUUCUAUAUGAGCAGUGAUUCUCUAACAACUGUCUUCUACUGGAUAAUAUCUGUGAUACUAAUAUUAGGAGCCGCUAUUCGAUUCAUUUUUUUGUUUACCUACAGUUAGCACAGAGCUUAAGAAAUUAAAAAAGAAAGAGGCGAGUUUAGAAACUCUGGUUUUGAAUUUUCUUUAUUUUCCAAGAAUCAUGGCAAAAUACAAAAAGAGUAAUGGGUUUUCUUGAUUCAUACCAGGCUGAUACAUUGGAAUAUAUUUUUGGCCAAAGCACUUAAUGUACCUGGUCUUUGAUUUCCUCAUUAAUACAAGAGGGAGUUAAAAGAAUUUACAUAUAAGGUUUCUUUCAGCACUAAAAUGCUGUCUUUUCAUCAGAAGCAAAGUAUAUCUGUGAACAUUUUAGCAAGUGUUUUAAUGGCUCUAACUUUGCUUUUGCUGAAACUAAAACAUGCGAAUUUAAAAUUCAAAAUUGAAGUACAUGUCCUCUUUAUUGCAGAAAGAAAGAAGCACCUUAACAGGACACAAGUUUUGAAAUAGUGUUUUAAACAUUUGUAAGAUUUUUGUAAAUGCUCUAAAUGUUUUAUUUUUGCAUUGUUUUUACCUCAAAAUUGUAUAAACUUUUUUACAACUGAAAAAUAAGCAUUAGACAGCUUACUCAGGUCCCAUUGCAACCUUAAAGAUGCAGAUAGGCAUUAUGGAUACUCUGCCACAGGUAGCUUGUUUUGAGCCUUUUAGGAAUUUCCCGGUUCUGCUGCCGAUACAAAUCUGGAGUGAAUAUACAGAGCAAUAUAACUGCAGAAAAGAUGGUUCAAACUAAGAGCCGUAAUAACUGCAGGGGCCCAGGCCUAUCUAUUUCUACCAUGCGACCUUAUGCCAGGUCAGGUGGACUGAGUAGCUGUGUCCUCGAGCUUCACGUAUAAUACUCCCGGCCACGAUGGAUUUAAUUGUGCAGGAUUGAUAUAUAUGUAUGUUCCAGUUACUAAUUUAAAGUGUAUAGAAUAUUUUAAUAUAUAAUUUUUGUAAAGAACUGGGAUUUUUAUACUACAGUAUUUGUAAUUAAUGUGUCUCACUAAUUAAGUUUCUCUUGAAGAAAAUAUGCAAGCUGUUAGACACAUAAUGAGUGAUUUCCAAACUCUAAAGGUAAAAUAAAUGCACUACUCUGGUGUUAUUAGAAUACCUUUUUUGUGGCUGUAUGAAUCCUAAAUCUUUAAAUGUGUAUUUUUACAAACAAUGUUUACAAGGAGCUUCUCUGGUUUGUUGUCUCAGCACCUCCCUUGGUGAGAGCUUCAUUCUGCAUUUGUUAAAUUCAUAUGCUUUGCUUUUAGCAUAUGCUUGCUUUUUGCACUAGUAGAAUUUUAACUUACCUCAUUAUUAUGUUUGUAAUCAUUUGUAUAGCUUCCAUAAUAUGUCUGGUAUAGGCUAAACAAAUACUUAACCAAAGUUAAAAUAAAUGGUAAGCAGUUUUGCACAUAUUAAAUACUAGGGUUUUUUGUGUAUAUAUGUGUGUUUAGUUAUAAAAAGAGUAAGAAUGAAAAGUUAUAGUAAGUAUAUGUUUCAAGUGCAGUUAUUUUAAUGAUUUAUCUGCUUUAUUAGAAAAAGGUCUGGCUUUUAACUCCUUAUUCUCUGCAUUAAUUAACAAUUUGCAUCUUGAAGCACUUCCCUUAAUGACAAGGACGAAGUUGACUUUAAGCAAAGAAUAGAAUAUUUGUUUGAGUGUGCACAUUUGUAACUAUUUAGUAUUUGGUUUAGUUUACUUUGCUUAUAUGCCUCUGUUGUGCUAUGAACCUGUGGUUCUAAAUACAUCUUAUUUUCUAGAGAGAAAGGCAGUCUUGCUAUAUACCAAGGGAUUUGUGAAAAUAACAAAUGUUUUUACUUUGACAAUUAGCCCAGAUUCUGUUAUCGUUUUGUUUUGUUUUGUUUUUUGGCACUUGUGCAUUAAGCACUGGUCAUAUUUAUUGGUGACUGAAAGAUGCCAUUAAGAGAUGUCUGUGGCUUGACAUUCAUAGUUAAUAACAGAUCUUUAAGCUGCGUGUUCAUGAAUAGAAUGUACUAGGGUAAAUAACAAGAGAAGUGCAUUUAGCUUCCUAUGAUUUGCACAUUUUCUAAGCGAAGAUCCCUUUGAGUAGCAGUGGGCUAGAUCAUGCAGGUAUCUUUCAUAUGAGGAUUUACACUGAGUUAAAUGACUCUUUACUCCUCCUUGCUAAAUAAGCAAUUCCGAUGUACAAGCCUUUGUGCCAUAGUCCUCUACCUGGGCUCUACAACUUUGGUUCACAUAUGUAGUAAAAAGAUUUUGAUGUUGCAUGCUCUUAGAAUUAUAUUUUCUAAGAUAUUGUAUUGGCUUUGUUUUAGCUUAGUAAACUGUUUUGGCAGUUUAACUAGAAAUAGGGUAUUAUAAACUCACUGUUAUCUGCAUUAAAAAAAAAAACAAUCUGAUUGCAUGUAUGAGGCCCCCUUGCUCUAUAACCCAAUUACAUAAAUAUAAUCAUCUCUAAGCAGGUGAAACUGUUGACCUGUUAUUUCAAAGACUUGUAGUCUAACCAAGAUUUGUUCUGGUUAGAGAUCUGGUCUAUUAUAACUGAAGGUAUUUUUAUUUUAAAAAAUUGCAGCACUUGUAGCAUCAAAAUCACUUGUAACAUUGCCUAUGAAGAGAUAAUUAGGUUGAAAGUUAUUGUAGUAAUCUGCCCAUGAAUGAAAUAGGUUGCAAAAUAGACUUGGUCUUUGACUGCUUAAGGUAUAAACUGACAGUUACAUUUCCCAAGACUGAUUUUAGGCAGUUUUAUGUAUUAUGUACCAAUGAUGUGUAAAAUAAAGCACCUUUUCUAUUAUAACCAAUUACAGGUGUUAUUUGUUUUGAACUAUAUGAGAUAAAAAUUAGUGAUGGAUGGCAGAGUAAAUCUGUAAAAUGUUGAUUUUAUAUCGUUCACUUAAAAUAAUAUAGGCAGUCUCAUAAAGAAUAGAUUGUAUCCGAAAACUUGUUUUUAAGUUAGUGAGUUGUGUUUAGGAGUCAUUUUCUCAUAGAAAUGUAAAGCCUGUCUCUCUAACCCUUACUGUGGCUGAGCUAGUAAGUAAAAAGGCACAUGGCUCCAGGAGACAAAUCUAAACUGUUGCCAUCUCUUUUGUCCUCUAGUCGCUUUUAAUUUUUUGUCUUUAUGCUUUUCACCCAUUUUAAUUCACAGCAGCCAGACUUAUGUCCUGCUACUCCAUCAAAACGGCUCUAGCAAAGGUCAGGGAUAACUUCUCAUUUCCCAAAUCUAGUGAUUUCUCUUGUCAUUCGUAACUUAACCAUUCCCUGGACACUUGGACAUUUUCUUGGUUUCUGUGCUACCGCUAGCUCUUCCUUCCCAUAACUCCUCCUGUCUGUAGGCCCCUUUUCUACUCGCACCUGCCUUCAUUUGUUUUUUUCAAGACUCACGUCCUUUUUCAAGAUUUCAAGAUGAAGCAUUUCCUGACAUGCUCCAUUUCCAGGUAGAUUUUGACCCCUUUGUCUUAUGCCCCCACUGUCCUUUGUCAAAUCUUCUGUCAUAGCUGCCUAAAAAACAUUGUGUCCUUACUUGUUAGCAUUGUUCUCUCCCUCUGCCAGAUGGUAGGUCUUUGAGGCAGAGAGUGGGUCUAUUUCUUACAUAUCAGCCAUUUAGCUGGUACUUAAAUAUGUGUUAACAUGAUUAAGGAAAAUUGUCACCUUCACAUUUCUCCAUAUUCUCACUCCCCUCUCUCAAAUUGGGGUCAGAGUGGGAGGAAGGCUUUGAUAGGGAAACAGAUUUUAGCUCUUACUUUGGUUCCUAAGAGUUCUGGGAUAAAUAAAGAAUAUGUCACAUAUAUACUGGGCUAAACGGGAUUUAACAUAGGUAUGUAUAGGUCUCAAGCAGAAGUCUUUGACCUAAAAAGAUCUGAGCAUUUAGUGAGAUUGGUAGGUAUUGCUGGGUUAUGAUUUUUAACAUUGGAUGAAAUGGAAAAUGAGCUAAAAAUAUUUCCAAACUAUUUCCUUAUAGAAAAGCCAUGGACUCUUGUCUAACAUUAGAAAAAACAACCUACCUAUUUGAUACUAAGCACUGGGGCUGCUGGAAGACAUGGAACACCAGCAUUAAUACAUAUCAAGUCAGGCCACUAUUGUCACCUCCAAGCUUAUAGGACAAAGGAUUCUUACACCACUAGAAAACAACAUGACAUUGGCACAACUUCCUUCCAGGUUUCCCAGUUAGAGUUGGGAUUCCAUACUAUUUCUGUAAUUCAAGAAGACUCUUUUUUCUUUUCUUUCUUUUUUUUUUUUUAAUCAUGCCUGAAAAAACAUGAAAUACAACAUUCUGGGGAGAAAAAUUUCUAUAAACUGAAUGAAGAAAGAAAAGGCUUUAAGAUCCAAGGAUAUCAGCCUCCUUGUUCAGAAUAGAUUUCUGUAUCUUAUUAGUAUCUAUUUGCUUCUUUCCUAUCCUCUGAGGAGCUAAAAUCAAGAAAUGUCCACUUGUGAGAUUGUUAAUUUCAGCAAGGUCAUCUGAAACAGAGUGUGAGGUUCUUUUGUGUAUUUAGUACCUUGGAUAAAUUGAAUUGAACAAGGGCCUGAUACUUAAAGGCCAUCAUAUUUGCAAUCUGACUACUAGUAAUGCCAGUGUCUCAAAUUCAAAAGUCUUGAGAAUACAGGUUAUAAAGCCUUUGGCCUUAGAUAGAAAGAAGGUUAGGAAGUCACAGGUAUGAGGCAGUAGAGACAACAGAAGGAUUCUCUAUUUCCUGUUUUGAUUUUGCUGGUUCAACAAAAAGUCUUUGCAGAGUAUUUAGAGAUGUCAGGGUGUUUACUCCUGAAGAUAAAAAAAAAAAAUGUAGAAAGUAUGAGUUUGUGUUAUAUCAGUAAUGAAAGCUACUACAGAGAAGGAAAUGGCCCCCUUCCUACCCACCUCCCCCUUCCUGGUCUCCUUACCACCCAGGGACAAAAAGCUAAAGGAGGAGAACUGAGGAAGGCACAGGAGAACCUGUGCCUGAGCAUUUGCAGGUUAAAAAGAAAAGGUAGGACUUGUAUUUGUUUUUGAACAUGGAAUAACUCUAUCCACUAGUUAAUCAUGGUCCAACAAAUAUCCAGCUGUGACCAAGAGGAUCACUCAUUCCUUGUAUCUGGGGAGACAGAGUGGAAGUUCCUUAAGAACUUGAGAAAGGUUCCCUCCUAAUUUCUCUGUUUCUUACUGGAGAGGGAGGAAAAAGCUGCCAGUAUAUUAAUGACCGUCCAUCAUAAUAAAGGUGUGGGUGUGAUACGUAGGGCAGCAUAGCAUGUAAGAGAGUGGGCAGAGUUCUGAAGGUCCGACUUUCUGAUAUAAAAGUCAUCCUGCCCUGGGGGGUGCAAGAUGGCGGAGUAGCUGGACCCUCAGCUCACCCCACCCCUCCUCUACAGUCAUCCUGCCACCACUUGCAGUUUAGCGCCCCCUGGUGGUGUUGUCCCUUCCACUUUAAAUAAAGGUGAGAUUUUAGGUUUUGUAGCUGCCUGGGAUUUUUAAAAUAGCUACAGCAAUCUCUGGAACUUUCCAGUGUGUUGGCCCUGUGUUAGACCCAGUGGGGGCGAGAUUGGGCCUGGAGAAUACACUUUGGACUUCCCCAUUUUCUGGGAAUGGGUUGCAGUCCUUUUGCUGCCAGGCCUGAUCUACCUCUUGAAGCAACUCACCCAAGAUAAUAACUUUAGCUUGCCGUUUGGGGAAAGGGGAUGGAUGGAAUGUUUCAAGAUGUUUUGUUUUUUUUUUUUUCUUUUUUUCAAGUUUUGAAAUUGUGUAACAAAUUUAUGGCUAUUUUCCUGAAUCAGGAAAAAUUGCACCUUAACUAUCCCUUAUUUAAUCUGCGCAGUGUCACUGCCAGCAAUGACCUUGGCAAAGUCACGAUUACAAAAUUGUUAUGACAUUUGUGUGACCAACCUGACACUGUUAUUGACCAAUGUGGAGAAACAAUAACUACCAUGCGCUUUCUGUAUUUGGGGGGUUACUUAAUACAUAAAUACAUUAUUAGGAGAAUGUGCCAAAGGGAAUUUGUACUAUUGAAAGUCAGCAGAAUUCAGUAAAGAGGCAGCGUCUCCAUCCAUUCAUUUUGGAAUUUGCAUCACCUGUCUCUAUUUUCUGCUUUAUACAAGAGAUUACACCCAGUGUACAAAGUAACCGGUUAACCAGUGUCAUGUUGGUGACUCUGAUUCAUCCUGGCAGAGCAGGACUGUAAUACUCCCAUCUCGUUGGAUCUGAACCUUUGGGAAACUGGUUAACUUCUGUGAGGAGUAGCGCAUCUCAUCCCUCUUUUUCUAUUUUAUCAGGUGCUUCUUCCCUACCAGUUAAAACAAUUAGCUGAUUUGCAGUGCACAGCAGUAGCUGAAAUACGAGGAGAUGUUCCCUCUCUUUAUUGAUGAAAUUAUGUAUUAAAUAACCUUAUAGCUUUUUUCUUUUAAAAUAUUUCUUGUGAAAUAAAAUGAUCACACAUGUAUUCAACCUUCAGCAUAAGAACUAGAACAUUCUCAGAUACCCAGAAUGCCCCUAUUUCCCCCCCACCCCCCCCACCCCACACCGCAUAAGGUAAACAUUAUUCUGGAUUUUUUUGUUAAUAAUUCCCAUGUUUUUAUUUAUGGUUCUACCGUCUAUGUAUGUAUCCCUAAUAGUAUGCUGUUUAGAUUUACCUGGUUUUGAACUUUCAUGUAAAUGGUUUCCUGCUGCAUUAUAUCCUUCUGUGACUUUUUUCAGGCAUUAGUUUUGAAAUUCCCAUCCGUGUUUAUGCAUGUAACCGCAUUUCAUUUGUUCUCACUGCUGUAUCGUAUUCCAUUGUAUGGCUCUCCCACACUUUACUUAUCUGUUCUUCUGUUCAUGGAGAUUUGGAUUGUUUUCCAUUUUGAGCUAUCAAACAGUGCUGCCCGGAACAUUCUGCCAAUUACAAUGGAAGCUCCAUGAGGGCAGGGAUUUUGUCUGUUUUGUCUGAUCUUGUCUGUUGAGACACUCACGAUGUCUAGGACAAUGGAGGGCACAUGGCGAUGCUAAUAAAUAUUUGAGAAAUGAAUGAAUUCUUGUACCUUUCCCCUGGCGCACAUGUACAAGAUUUGCUCCAGGGAGGUUGUGUUCAAAGUAUGGUCCAGGGACCCUUUCAGGGGCUCUGUGAGGACAAAAUUAUUUUUGUAAAAUUACUAAAACAUUACUUGUCCUUUUCACUGUCAUUUUUCAUGAGUUUAUGUAUUUUUCCAGAAAUGAUGAUAUCAUCACUCUGACAGCUAAUCAAGUGUAUACUUGUGUAUUUUUGUGUUUUGAAAAUGCCUCUUUUAAUUUUCAAUUUGGUAAAUAUUGAUAAAUAUAACCCACACAAACAACUGAUUUUUGAGGUCCUCAGUAUUUUUUAAGGAUGCAAAGAGGUUCUGAGACCAAAAAUUUGAGAACCACAGCUCUAAGAAGCAGGUUUUGCUUGGUCAUGCUGAACUGUUUCUGAAAGCAUUUGUACCAGUUUACGUUCCCCCUGGCAAUGGUUGAGUGCCAUUGUUCCAUAUCUUAGCAAACACUUGGUCUUGACUAUCUUUUAUAUUUGCCAAUUGGGUGGUGAUUAUAUGGUGUCUUACUGUGGGUUUAAUUUGCAUUUCCCUGAUUACUAAUGAAAUUAAGGGUUUUUUUUUUUUAAAUAUAUGAAUGUGUUUCCUCUUAUGUGAAGUACUUAUUCAUGUCUUUUCCCCAUUUUUGUAUUAGGUGUGUCUUUUUUUCAUUGAUUCAUAGGAUUUCUUUAUAAAUUCUGGGUACCAGUCCUUCGUCAGUUAAACAUGUUGUAUAUAUAUCUUCUCCCAGUUUGUGUAUUAUCUUUUGUAAUUGUAUUGAAUCUGUUGAUCAGCCUGGAGAAAAUUGAUGUCUUUUCAGCAAUAAUUCUUCCUAGCCAAAAACACUGUGUUCCAUUUAUUUGGUCUUCUUUUAAUAUCUCUCAAUAAACUUUAAUGAUUUUUCUCCA